AUGUUUUCUACUUCCUCCUCUUCGAACUCUGCCCCCCGUGUCGGGGAAACGAUAAGCAAAUGGGGCUAUUCGUUCAAGUGGACUGAUACCCACCUCGCCCAGGAAACUCUCAAGCCAUUGCGCCAGGAGUACGAUACCCUCGGUGCAGCGGCCCUGGAGCGCAUCCAAGCGGUUCGUGCUGCUCUGCUCGAAGAAAGCAAAGCGAAAGGCACUCCUCCGCCCCCGAACGACCUCUACAUUCUUCUUCGAGACCACCACAGUGAGGACGAGACGCUGUCCCAGUUCUGGAAUGAGCUCCAUACCGUUCCAGACUGGGUAGAUUGGGAACAGCUUGAGCGAGGCCAGAGGUUCUUCUACCGGUAUGCUAUUGCUAAUAUCGUCGGCUUCGCGUUGCAGGGGUUCAUGGCGGAAAACUCGGCCGCCUCAGGCGUCGUCGAAGUUCUCGUCCGAACAGGUGGGUUCUCAACCCGUAUGCUCCUCGGCAGACUGUUUGAGACCUUCCAGUGGCUCGUGCAAGUCACCCACAGCCUCGCAGCCAUCCAACCCGGAGGAGACGGCCACACAGCAACAAUCCGCGUCCGCCUCCUCCAUUCCUCCGUCCGACAGCGAAUCCUCAAGCUUUGCGAGCGAAAACCCGAAUACUACGACAUCACCCAGCACGGAAUCCCAAUCAACACCCUCGACUCCAUUCACUCCAUCACCACUUUCAGCUGCAACCACAUGUGGCUCCAGCUGCCCAAGUUCGGGGUCAAGCCUUCGCCCCGGGAGCUAGAUGACUAUAUCGCUUUCUUCCGGUACCUGGGUUACCUGCUCGGUACGCCAAUCGAGUACUUUCAGACGGCUGAGAAAGCGAAAUCGACCAUGGAGAGCUGCUAUCUGCAUGAGCUUCGGAUAACGGAGACUUCGCGCGUGGUGGCGUAUAACUUUGUGCAGUGCGUGCAGAAUCUGCCGGCGCCGUUCCAUGUAUCUAGGGGUUUUAUUGAAGCGGGCAGUCGGUGGAUAAAUGGGGAUGAGCUCUGCGAUGAGCUUGGGCUUGGACGGCCGGGGGUAUUGCAUUAUCUUACUUUCGCGGGGCAUUGCGUGCUGGUUGUGUUUAUGGCUUGGGUACAGCGGGUCGUUCCUGGGGUUGAUGGCUUUGUGGUCAAUGUCUUCCGAUCGAUUCUAUACAGAGCCCUUGUGCGCAGAAAGUCCCGUACUAGCUUUCAGUUCCAGUAUGUUCCGCAAGAGGGCAAGAAGACCGGCAAGGAGGCAUAUCCCCCGGGGAGAAAAGUUCAGACCGGCCGGAACGAAAGUUACGUAUCCUUGGGCAUGUUUGAGGUUGUAUUCUUGUCUGUGGUCAUUGGCUUCGGCGGUAUCACGGUAGGAGGUAUUCUAGCAAGUGGACUACGUGUAUUUGAGUUGAGUGGAAGAAGGCACUGA